AUCAAUAAACCCAACAGAAGAAAACGAGGAAGAAGAGUUGUGCUAUUUACUUCCCGGACUUCGUCGCAUCAUUUGCGGGGUUUUUUGUGAAUUCUAAUAAUAUUAACAACUUAGAUUUCCAAAGACGACACGUGGAGCAGCACUUAGAAUCUGCAAUCAUGCCGAUGUUUGUGGUGAAUACUAACGUGGCCAAGAGUGAAGUGCCAGCGGCGCUGCUGUCUGAGGCCACGGAAAAGCUGGCUAAAGCUAUGGGCAAACCUGCACAGUACAUCGCUGUGCAGAUCAAUCCUGACCAAAUGAUGAUGUUUGGAGGAAAAGGAGAUCCCUGUGCACUCUGCUCCCUCCACAGUAUUGGCAAAAUCAGUGGUGCUCAGAACAAGAAAUACUCUGAACUCCUGUGUGGACUCCUCAACAAACACCUGAGCAUCUCUCCUGACAGGAUUUAUAUAAACUUUUUCGACAUGGACGCAGCCAAUGUGGCCUGGAAUAACUCGACCUUCGGCUGAGAUGAAGUUUAAAAACACUGAAUUAGUGAAUCAUUCCAGUAUUGUGUAAAAUGUGUAUGUACAGAUAAAGGAGACACCUGAUAGUCCAUUGGCAAAUAAACUGUACAACUUUAAAAGCACUUAACAUGACCCCUAAGCUUUGCACUGAUUCUUCACUAUUUUAAAUGCAAUAAAGCAAACCGUGUAAACAAUAAA